AAGAGAUCUCUUCCCUCACAAUCUUCCUUCUUCUUCUUCCUUUUCCUCUCUUUUCUUUUCUAGAGACUUCUCUUCGGGUACGAUUCGAUUUGCACCAACAGAACUUCAUUACUUGAACUCACUCUCACAGUCUAAGGGAAGAUAUGAGGUCCGAUUCGCGUAACGGAAGGUCCGGGACCCUAAAGUUUCUCUGUAGCUAUGGCGGUAAGAUUCUUCCUCGUCAAACCGAUGGUAAACUCCGUUACGUUGGUGGUCUUACCAGAGUUCUAGCCGUCGAGCGCUCUAUUUCGUUUUCUGAAUUAAUGGUGAAGCUUGGAGAAUUCUGUGGUUCUUCCGUUACAUUGAAGUGUCAAUUGCCAGGAGGAGACUUGGAAACAUUGAUUUCCGUUACAUCCGAUGAAGAUUUGGCAAAUAUCGUCGAGGAAUACGAUCGUGCUUCUUCGUCGUUGUUGCAUCCUCUUAAAAUCAGAGCCAUUCUUUCGCCUCCGAAAUCUCUGAAGAAAAUCUCUCCUCCGUCGAGUGUGGAUUCCACUCUACCUAAUUCUCCGUGCUACGGCGUGGAUUCGCUUCCGAGCUCACCGCAAUACGGAAUCAACGAGCGGAUCUCUUCUCCUUCGUACAGAUUCAUCCGUCAGAUUCCCUCGCCUCCUAGUAAAUACUUCGUCGGACCGCGGAAUUGCCACGGAAGAACUUGUUGCCAUGGGAGCCCUAGGUUUUUGUACACCGGCCCCCACUGCACUCACUGGAACUGAGAUUAAAAAAAUCCCUAAACUCGAGGCGAGGACUCCGCAUAUAAAGUAAAAACCCUAGGUAGAUAGAUGUUGACGAAAAGAAAAAAUUAGAAGCGAAAACAGAACAAAAUAAUUUUGAAUUUUGGCUUGUGAUUAAUUGAUUGUUUGAAUAUAGCUUUAAAUACUUUCGAAUUUAAUUCAUUCGUGUGUGGUACUUGAAAAGAAAUUGAUUAAUCCGGCCGGAGUUUUGGAA